AUGGCGGGGGUGACUAUGGUGGUGGCAGGGCGAGCGGCGGCGGCAGCGAGGAUGAGAGAGGAGCUGAAGGGGAUGAUGAGCUUGCGAGCAUCAAGACCUGUUGAUGUGUCCCUGUCCUGGUGCGAGGAAGUCUCCCUCAUCCCUCCCUCCUCCAAGAUGCGCUUCAUGAUACGGGGAGAAGCCGCCGGGCUGGCAGAGCUAGUGUUGCAGCUAGGGAAGGAGGAGAUGAACAAGUCGCUGGUGAAGCGAGGCCUCCUCAUCGACGACAUUCAAGUUGAACUCUUGGACGUGAAAGGAGAGGCCAAGUACGUCAGCGACGACGACGUAUGCGAGACCUUGCUGAGCCACUUGAAGGAAGGAGACGGCCGGCAAUUGAUUAUGGACAUGGACGAGAUGGUCAGACGAGGACCGAGACAUGGCUUCGCGACUUGUGUACUGCAACUGCACCCUGAGAUGCAAAACUUGGCGUUGAGGAUGAAGGCGGUAGAGCAGCUGAUGUUCAAAGAAGAAUCGUGGAGUAUGCGACUGGCUCUCGUGGACCUGGUUUCGAGCUUCUUGCUGCCUAUCUCGUUGGUGAUGAGCAUGUCGGAGAGGCUGGUCGGAGAUGAGUCUGCCAUGAACAAGAUCACUGGGUGCGAACUGAUCGCGAGGGCUGGCAAGCCGGGGGACACCAAGUUCGUUGACUUGCUGUGCGGACUCGUUGUCUUGAAAGAGGAGGUGAAAUCAUGGCCUCAGGCGCUCGGGAGCAUGGCUGACAGGAGGGACGACCGAGCUCGAGCGUGUCUCUUGCGAGUAGCGCAGGAGGAGGAUAAGGAGCUCUGCGGAUUGGCGAAGGAUGCGUUAGCCCGAGCUGCGCGAUCAAUUCAUCCUGGUUACGUCGAGCGAAGAGCGCGGGAGGAGGAGCGGAGGAGGCAGAGGAAGGGAUACGAUGAAGUUCAAGCCCAGCAGCUGGUCUUGAGAUCUCAUCCUCUCAUCCGCAAGUUGGCAUCGCAAGUCUCACAGCUCUACGAGUCCGGAACCUUGUCUGGCCCAUUGGAAGCGUGGGAGAAGCUAAGCUGGAACGAUCGGUUGCUCCGCUGCCAGGUUCAUGUCUUCUUCUCUUGCUUGUAG